AUGAAGAGGCGAACCGAGAGAUCGGAUGCACGAUGGAAGGAAGUGCCAUUAAGGCGGCGACAAAAUAGCUUGAACUUUAAAUCAAAUAGAAAAGCCUUUUUUCAGCAUGUCUUGGUUUUCGUAACCCCUGACGUUGAUGGUGUCUGUGCGUGGAGAAUUCUUCGACAUCUGUUUCGACAAAUACAAGCUCUCUAUACUCUAAUAGUGAUCUCAACUAAAGUUGAACUUUAUCAACAAUUUAACGUUAAUAAAGACAGGUUUAAUUACGUAGUCCUUGUCAAUUGCGGUGCUAACUUCGAUAUUCUGCAAAUGCUCGAAGCUCCUGCUCAGAGCAUAUUUUUUGUUUGUGACAGCCACCGGCCUAUCCAUGUCAACAACUACUACAAUCAGAGGCAGGUUCAUCUAAUCACUCUAAAUGAGAACACAGAUGAUAUACCGAAGUUUGAAGACAUCUACAACGAUGACUUGAUGGACAAUUCGGAGAGCGAAGAGGAAGAAGGCAGGGGCAGUCGUCAGCGCAGCAACCUUCAGGCUGCGGAGAAGCGAAUCAGCAGAAGGAAAUGGGAGCGUCGGAAAGAAGAAAUUCUCAUUGAGUAUGAAAGCUUCUCUUACCGCGCCACGGCGUCUGCUGUCGUCCUCUUUGAUAUCGCAUGGAAACUCUCUCAGGACAACCUCCAUCUUCUCUGCCAGAUUAUGUUGUUCAAGUCCAACCGGGAGCACUACAUCGAGCAGAUCGACACCCUUCACAGUCAUAUGAAUCGCCUGAGUCACUCAAAAAACCAGAUCGCUGGAGAAUCAGAUAGUUGCAAUCAGAAUAUUGACAUCAAUUUCGAGGAGGAGCUUGCACUAUGGAUGUAUCGUCACUGGAGUUUGAAAGAUGCCCUCGAAACCACUAUAGUUACAUCGACCCGCUUUAAACUCUUCACGGAGGGUGGUUAUAAACGCCUACAGGAGUUCCUGGCUAGCAUAGGCUUGUCCCUGCGUGAUUGCUCUCAAAAGUAUUCCACAAUGAGCACCCAGGUAAAGAACAAUUUGAACUCUCUGUUUCUACAGUUCGGGGAGAAGUUUGGUCUUACGCGGUUGGAGAUGUUCCUGCCAUCCUUUAUCCUGCGGCUCUCAUAUAAGACGCCUCUUUCAGCAAUGGACUCGUUUUGGUUGAUACUAGCAGCACUUGAGUGUCAGUCUAAUAAGGAUCCCGUUGAAGGUUUUCAUGCUGCUGCGGAAAUUCUUGUCUCUUGGUCAAUGGAAUCCUUGGAGGAGUGGAUGGAGAACUUGCAGGGCCAACUUCGAAGUCUAGUAGGACAGGUUCGAGCUGUCCUUGAUACUGAUGAAGUAGUUGCUUUUGGACCCUUCCUAUACGUAUACGUGGCUAAGAGUUCUCUCCUCUCAUUGAACUUCCGAAAUCCACAAUUCGUUGGCCUCCUGGCGCGCUACAUCCUCACUGCAAAGGCAGCCAUGCGUGCUAAACUGGGUAGGAAUAGACGCAUAGCACAAAUGCCUCUGGUGUUGUGCGUGGACAGCAGAUACGAUGAAAACUACAUCUUCAUUAUCGGAAUUCCCCCACUACAGGGAGAUGAUGAUAGAAAUUUAUUUGGUCAGGCUUUUGAUGUUGCUGUGAAACGAACAAAAGUACGGGGCGAUUUCAGGCAUUUUGAUUCGAAUUGUAAGUUUCAACACUCUUUUGAAUCUCGGAUUUUUCGAGCCGCCAGCGAAACUGUAAUCUUGAAGAGUUCCUCCAUUUUUAACUUGCAAAUCGUCCCGACAGCGGUUUCGCGCCUAAAGGCUAGGAGCAAUGCUGCUGAAAUUCUCCUCUAUUCUAACCUUGGUGAUCGCAAACUGUCCAGUCACGAUAUUCAAGGGCUUGCGUAA